AUGUUCCUCAUUUUCAAUAAAUUAAUGCAUUUUCUCUUAUUUACUUUCCAGGGUGCUUCCUCUAGUCUGGUAGUUAAAUUUGCUGAUACCGAAAAAGAAAGGCAAAUACGGCGUAUGCAACAAAUGGCCGGUCAUAUGAAUUUGCUUAAUCCAUUUGUCUUUAAUCAAUUUGGUCCAUAUGGAGCUUAUGCGCAGCAACAACAAGCUGCAUUAAUGGCUGCCGCUGCCACAGCCCCUGGUUCAUAUAUAAAUCCCAUGACUGCAUUGGCCACUCAAAUACCUCCGGGCAUUAAUGGCGCCGGCCAGCCUUCAUUACCCUCACCGACCAUGCCCAAUUUCCAAAUGGGCGCACAAACGCCCAAUGGCCAACCGGGCAGUGCUGCUGCAGCAGCCGCAGCUGCGGCCGCUGCUGAUGGUGUGUUUACAAAUGGUAUGCCACCACAGACACCAUAUCCAGGACCACCUUUACACUUAACCAUACCACCCCAAGGCCUGCAAAAUGGCGAAGCAGCAGCAUUACAGCAUGCCUUUGCCACUGGCAUGCCACCAUUCCCUGGAGUUGCCUUCCCCGCCGUUUAUGGACAUAUUCCACAAGCUUUACCACCACCAAUUGCGGCGGUUGCACCCGCUCCACGUGAAGGAUGUUCGAUUUCCGGCCCGGAGGGAUGUAAUCUAUUUAUCUAUCAUUUGCCACAAGAAUUUGGUGAUGCUGAGCUAAUGCAAAUGUUCCUGCCAUUUGGCAAUGUGAUCAGUUCGAAGGUGUUUAUUGAUCGGGCCACAAAUCAGAGUAAAUGUUUUGGUUUCGUUUCAUUUGAUAAUCCUGCCAGCGCUCAAGCUGCCAUUCAGGCCAUGAAUGGCUUCCAAAUUGGCAUGAAAAGACUGAAGGUACAAUUGAAACGGCCCAAAGAUGCCAGUCGACCCUAUUAACAAUCGGAGUUCCUUCAAAUGUUAAAUUGUUUUCAAUCGCAGUCUUUAAAUCUACAAACCUUUACCAAAUUGUUUAUGCAGUUCUAUGUUUUACAAAUCGAUUCCUCCUCUUUAUCCUCUGCCGU